UCUAGCGCCUCAAUACAUGCCUGCUAAGAAGACUGCAGAGGAAAUGAACUUCACAUACGUGGAGUGUUUGUUGUACGCGUUCCAUCACCUUGCCCGCAAGGUCGCCAACAAUUGUAUUUGUGAUUUAAUUACGUUCUCUUUUCUUCUCUCUUGUUUACUUAUUUGAAUACGUUGAUAUAUACAGGUUCCAAAUGCAACAAACAGCUUGUGUGGGUAUAAGAUUGUGACCGGCCAGCCAUCAGACAGACUGGGAGAAGACUUCUCGGAGUUGAACAAGGACUUCACUGAAAGAUUGACCACCGUUGAGAUCUAACCAAGACAACAGUGAAGAAACUUACUCAGGGAAUGUCUGAGCACAACAAAGCCAUGUCGGCUGCUAAGACAGAUGAAGAGAAGGCAAACGUUAAAACAAAGAAGCAGAAUACUACAACUGGACUUAGGACAUGUAAUAACAUAUUGGCAAUGACAAAGCCAUUGCAUGCAAAAGUGCCUUCAUUUAUCGGAGAUACUAAUAUGAACCUUUCUUGGAAAGAAGCCACAAAGCCGUUAGCCUCAGCAGCAACAACAACAACAAUCGGAGGAAAACGGCCUGCUAAUAGCAACAAUGGAAGUGAUAACAGUGGCGCAGCAAAGAAGAGACGUGGUUCUAAUGGUAUGCCAAACCAACUUGUGAACAAGGCUUUUGAGGGAAUAUCAUCAUACGGUGGUGGUAGAGGUGGAAACCCAAGUCAGGGAAGACGCGGAGGUGGUGGUCGAAGAGGACGAGGUAGAGGAAGAGGUCACUGGUGAUUAGUAAGCUCCCAUGAGAUGAUUCCAUGACUAUGUUUCUCUUUUUUUUUGUAUUUUCUGUGUCAGUAGGAGUGUUUUGGUUUAGGGAGAAAGUCUAUGUGUCUUUCUUUAUUCGCGAUGGAGAAUACAGAAUUAGAAUUUCUUUUAUUUUUCUCAUCAAAUCAAAACAAAAGUUCAAGCGUUAA